AUGGACGAUGAUGCGCCGAUGAAGACGUCAGCGCAUGCGGCGUAUCUGGAAAUAGUGAAUCUGGCAGCCAGCGGGCUUUGGAAGAUGCCCAAGAUCGGUUACGGAGCAGCAAAAUCCGAGGUUGAGCUUGAUAUUCUCACUGGCUCGCACACCACCGUCCUUUGCACCGAUAUCAAAAUGGACAUAGUCGCUCCAACGUCUUCGAAGGGGGUAGGAGAGCCUCCGUUGUUUCUAGGGGCGACGGUCUUAUUCUCGUUGAGGGAGCCGGUAGAGAGUGCGAGGGAGGAUGAAGAUAUGAGGGAGGAGAGAUGGGUCAACGCUGAGAGGCUGCGGUAUAGUGUUGGAGACGGGAUCCUGAAGCAGGGGACGGUGGUGCCGAUGGAGGGCGAGAGGAACUUUUUCAUGCCUCGCCGAGCCGGAGGCAACGAUAAACAAGCUGAUAAACAAGCUGCAAAGCCAGUUACUGGCAGUACCUUCGACGCAAUCGCUCCCUCCCUCCCAGCCACGUCCCGCAAGUCCCAGGCGGCAGAACUCGUCGAGAGCGAGUCGGAGGGAUCGGGCCACCCUGCUCCAAAGACAACCACUGGCCCGAAGACUGCGAAGGCAGCAGAAAACCAACGAAAACACGAGGAAGCGAUGAAGGAGAAGGCUUUGAAGAAGGCGCAGGAGAACGAGGCCAAGAAGGCCGACGAUAGAGCCUUGGCCCAGGGCAUCGCCAUGGCACAGAAGGAGAGAGCAAAUUUGGAGAAGCAACGUCAGCAGGAAGAGCUGAAGAAGCAGCAGGAAGAGCAGGAAGAGCAGAAGGCCCUUGCGGCGAAGAGAUAUCUCCAGGAGCAAGAAGAUCUUGCAGAGUGGGAGAAGAUUAAAAAGUGUUUCGAUAUUGAGCUCAGCGACGAUGGCAAUUUCAAGAAGAUGCAUGAGCUAGAAGUCAGAGAAGCCAUCCGCGAGUGCCUUGAUCUAGAUAUCGAGGAUUACGCGACUGAGGAGGGCGCUCCAACUCUCGAUCACUCCGUCCCGUGGCCACCCUUCGAAGUACGUCCGUCCUCGACUCACGGCACGGGCAUAUUCGCCACGCGCUUCAUCAAGGCUGGUACCGAGUUCUUGCGUGAGAAUGCUAUUAUGAAAGGCAACUGCCGGGACUUCGCGCAGGAGGCCCUCUUCAAAGUCCUGCCUGCGGAGAAGCAAGCCCGUAUCCUGACAUUGCACUCCACAUGCAGCUGCGACGACCCAACUCAAUGCAAAGAGACUCCGCUCAUGAAGAUCUUGAGAUCCAGCACCUUCAAAGUCUCCCACGCAGCUCCUGGAGACGAGUAUCUGGGUCCCUUCAUAUACGAGAUUGCAGGCCGCUUCAACCAUAGCUGUACUCCGAACGCUGCUCGCGGCUUCUCGGAUGUUGGGGAGCUGAUCGUACUUCGAGCAUUCGUGGAUAUCCAGGAGGGCGAGGAGAUCACCAUCGAGUACUUCAGCGAUGGCGGCACCACCACCGAGAGACGCCAGCACCUGUACAAGCAGUACAGAUUCAACUGCGACUGCCGAGCCUGCAUCGCAGGCCUGAGUACCCGAACCGACGACGAGUACAAGAUCUUCCUCGAAUCCACGCGCAGCACCACCUCUCCUAUCCUCAACACCCGCACCGCCGAAGAGAGCGCCAUGCAUAAGGCGGUAGACCAGUGGUAUCGGGUAGUUGCAGCACAGAUCAAGAGGAAUCAAGUCAGACUUACGAUGUUCUUCAGGGAGAUGGAACUCGAGGGUACGAGCUCGCCUGCGCGACGCCAGCUCGAGCUUGAUGAGUGCUUGAAGGAGACCAUGAAGUACGUGAGGAGGGUCAACAAGUACGGCGUCGGGGAAGAUGCUUUGGCGGCGUACGAGGCCGAGGUCAAGGCCAUGCUGGAUGGGCUGGCUGCGAAGCUUACCACGGAGGUCCUGAAGUCUGCCGAGAAGGUCUUCAAAGGCAUGCAGUUGUAG